GCGGCCGGAGGAGGCAGCUCGCUCGGCUGCGCUGUGCUCACCUCGCCCGGGCAGGACGCGGACCCUGGCUGGCGGCGGGAUGUCGGCGAAGGAGCGGCCGAAGGGCAAAGUGAUCAAGGACAGUGUCACCCUCCUGCCCUGCUUCUACUUUGUCGAGCUGCCUAUUCUGGCGUCGUCCGUGGUCAGCCUGUAUUUCCUCGAGCUCACAGAUGUCUUCAAGCCCGUGCACUCGGGGUUCAGCUGCUACGACCGCAGCCUCAGCAUGCCCUACAUCGAGCCCACGCAGGAGGCCGUCCCGUUUCUCAUGUUGCUCAGCCUGGCCUUCGCCGGGCCUGCGAUUACGAUCAUGGUAGGGGAAGGCAUCCUCUACUGUUGCCUCUCCAAACGAAGAAACGGGGUGGGACUGGAGCCCCACAUUAACGCCGGAGGCUGCAACUUCAACUCCUUCCUUCGAAGAGCCGUCAGAUUCGUGGGUGUGCACGUGUUUGGACUCUGCUCCACCGCCCUCAUCACGGACAUCAUCCAGCUGUGCACUGGGUACCAGGCGCCGUACUUCCUGACGGUGUGCAAGCCCAACUACACCUCCCUGAACGUGUCCUGCAAAGAAAACUCCUACAUCGUGGAAGACAUCUGCUCAGGAUCCGACCUCACAGUGAUCAACAGCAGCAGAAAAUCAUUCCCUUCUCAGCACGCCACCCUCGCUGCCUUUGCUGCUGUGUACGUCUCGAUGUACUUCAACUCCACGCUAACGGACUCCUCCAAGCUCCUGAAACCCCUCCUGGUCUUCACGUUCAUCAUCUGCGGCAUUAUCUGCGGGCUGACCCGGAUCACGCAGUACAAGAACCACCCUGUGGACGUCUACUGCGGCUUUCUGAUCGGAGGCGGGAUCGCUCUGUACUUGGGCCUGUACGCAGUGGGGAAUUUCCUGCCCAGCGAGGAGAGCCUGUUCCAGCACAGAGAGGCCCUCCGGUCCCUGUCCGACCUCAACCAGGACCCCAGCCGGGUGCUGGCUGCCAAAAACAGCAGCAGCAGCGACGGCAUCGCUCACACCGAAGGCAUCCUCGCCCGAAACCCCCGGGACGCCAGCUCGCUGACCAACCUCAAGAGGGCGAACGCCGACGUGGAGAUCAUCACCCCGCGCAGCCCCAUGGGCAAGGAGAACAUGGUCACUUUCAGCAACACGCUGCCCCGAGCCAGCACGCCCUCGGUGGAGGACCCCGUCCGCAGAAACGCCAGCAUCCACGCCUCCAUGGACUCCGCCCGCUCCAAGCAGCUGCUCACCCAGUGGAAGAGCAAGAACGAAAGCCGCAAGCUGUCCCUGCAAGUCAUAGAGACGGAGCCUGGGCAGUCGCCGCCCAGAUCCAUAGAAAUGAGGUCCAGCUCCGAGCCCUCCAGGGUGGGGGUCAACGGAGAGCCCCAUGGCCCCGGUGGUCAGUACCUCAAGCUGCAGCCUGGCACUGUUCCCAGCUGCAACAACAGCAUGCCGGGGGGGCCCAGGGUGUCCAUCCAGCCCCGGCCUGGGUCCUCGCAGCUAGUGCACAUCCCCGAGGAGACCCAGGAGACCGUGGGCGCCUCGCCCAAAAGCAGCUCCGCCCGCGCCAAGUGGCUGAAAGCGGCGGAGAAGACGGUGGCCUGCAACCGGAGCAACAGCCAGCCGCGCAUCAUGCAAGUCAUCGCCAUGUCCAAGCAGCAGGGCGUGCUUCAGAGCAGCCCCAAGAACACGGAGGGCAGCACCGUCUCCUGCACCGGCUCCAUCCGCUACAAGACCCUGAGCGACCACGAGCCCGGCGGCAUCGUCCGCGUGGAGGCUCAUCCGGAGAACAGCCGGCCCGUCAUCCAGAUCCCGUCCACCGAGGGCGAGGGCAGCGGCUCCUGGAAGUGGAAGGCGCCCGAGAAGGGCAGCCUCCGCCAGACCUACGAGCUCAACGACCUCAACCGGGACUCGGAGAGCUGCGAGCCCCUGAAAGACGGCUUUGGCUCUGGAGACCGCAAGAGAAGCAACAUCGACGGCAGCGAGCACCACCACCACCACGGCAUCGCCACCAUCCGCGUCACCCCGGUGGAGGGCAGCGAGAUGGGCUCCGAGACGCUGUCCGUGUCUUCCUCGCGCGACUCCACGCUUCGCAGGAAAGGCAACAUCAUCCUGAUUCCCGAGCGAAGCAGCAGCCCCGAAAACACUAGGAAUAUCUUCUAUAAGGGGACCUCCCCGACUCGGGCUUAUAAGGAUUGAACGGUGUCUGUUCAACCAUUUGGGUGCGCGCCCUCCCCCAAAAGACCAGGGGUUGAUUCUCCCUGUGUCUUUUUCCAACAAACUGGGGGGGAACCUCUUAUCCAACCAGAUCACCCACCCAUUAGCCCAGGACUCAAUGACUCCUGCGAAUUGUGACCAUCAAGCUUGUACAUUUCACACCAAGGGGAGGGAAAAGCACAAUGCAAGAACCCAACUAAUAUGACACCCGGGAAGUCUCCUCUUAAGACCUGUCCUCAAACUCAAAAGGUUGGCCGAGGGCGGUCUCGAAAGACAGUGGUUUCCUUCCAUGUAUACUCCUUUGCUUCCUGAAUGUGCCAAUGUGAGGGAUGUUUCUUUCUAAUUAGCCGCGGGGAUCCAGAACAGGGGCCCCCCCGGCAGAGGCCAUGCGGUUUUAUAUCUCCAUUCUGCAGAAUCGUGUGUGCCUGGCACUCCAUGUGGGUGGUGCUGGUCAGCACAGUUCAUCCCCCAUGUAAACUCUCCGGUUCUAUCUCGCUGUGAACUAGUGGUGUGUGCAAUCCCUUGUCAGAGAAAUGCUACCGUGUUCAGACGACUCUGGCUGCUUUUUGGCAGAAUAGGGCCCCCUGCGGCUUCUUCAUAGUGGCUCUGUUGUGGCCCAAACUUGAAAAGGUUUUGUGUGGGGGUUUGGGAUAUUUUUUUUUCAAAAACAAUUCUUUCUUCCACAACAAAAAUUGCGUAGGAAUCUUUUCAGUCCAAGGGAACAAGCUGGUGCUUUUCUGCAGUUCUUGUUUUCUGCUUACUUUUUAUUUACGCAUAAGCACUGCUCAUCAAGAAUCUGGUUUUUAGUGGGUCUGCGUAACUUAAAAACUAGGUUGUUUUAAGAGAAUCUUUUGAAACGGUUGCGAUUACCUUUUGUAUUUUAUGGCUUCUACUUUAUUUAUGGAAUUUUAAAUUUGUUUGAUGUUACAGAUAUGUUCUUCUAUUUUUUAAGUGAAAAUAGUAGUCAAUAUUCCUCGAGCAAAAUAUAUUGCUGUGAAUCUAUAAACAAGAAAUGUGAACCAAAACUUGACCAUCGUGGGUUACAUCACCAGCUUGCUUAGUUGCUCUCUUCACAAGUGAUCCAAAAGGUUCAUUUAGUUCCACAUCAUUAACUUUUUUUUGACAUGCCAAUAACUGGUAAAUUAGAGCCACUGCAAGUGGGUUUCACCUUCCUCCCUAUUUUUGUUCAUUGGACACCAACAGGUAGAAUCUGAAAAGUAUGCAAAUUAAUUAUAAAAGUAUCUCACAGAAUAAACAAAGAAUGUAUUUCUUCAAAAUAUCUAACUAGGCACCGUUUUAGUGCUUCGUGUGCAAAUGACAGUUUUUUGCUGUCUGUCCCGAGUGAAGCUUUGAGCCUAGAUCAAAGGAAACAAUAUUUUCAAAAAGAAGAUGAAAACGAAACAUUUUGAGGUGUUUCCAAUGUAAAAAUUUAGUUUAAGUAUAAAGAAGUAUUUGGUUCUUGGAAUUUAACACGAGACCUCUCCUACACCAUUUCUUAAGACUUCUUAUCUGUACUUGAGGGUGGCCAAAGGACCCAAGGUCACGAUGCAGCUGGUUGACCCGGGUCUCGGUGUGCUUUUCAGAGGGAACAGAAAGCGCCAUUUAGAGAUGAGGGCACCCCAUCAUUAUCACUCCCGCAGGUGAAGGGGCUUUCUAGAGCAACCCACCUCCUCAUGAGGGAUUCGGGUUUCAGCUGAAACCAGCAGAAUUGAAAACUGGCAAUAAAACACAGAUUCACCCACAUUCCUUGUGGCAGUUUCCUUCUCAGAGAGGGGGUGGGACCGAAAUGCCGCCUUCACCAGCUCCCACGCCGCCACCAUUCUGCCACGCCACCGAGGCGCUGGCCGCCCCCAGAGAAAGGUGGGCUGGUUUUAGUUCUCCGAAGAAAAACAAUACAGCUGCAACAUUACAGGUGCAGUGUGAUAUUUCCUAGUCUUUCCUAUUUCUUAACAAGAGAUUUUAAAGUACUUCUCUAUCAUUGACUUUCUUUUUCUUUACAUAAAUAUUGAUAUAUUCUUUUUCUACUCAAAAGUGCCAAAGGUUAUGGUUUUUAAAGACUUCAAUUGUACCACAUUGUUAAGGAAAUAAAAAACGAUAGUGGCUAGAACUCAGACCUCUGCAUGUGUAUUUGAUAACACAUCUUUUGUAAAAAAAAAAGUAAUGAUGAAAAAUUUGUUUACAUUCCACUGGUACCUUAAUUUAAACUUCAGUGAGACUAAUGGGUGGUAUCUCUUCUUAGGGUUCUAUUGACCUUAUUUGCUGACGAGGGCACUUUUCCCUGUGUUAGGCUGUGCUUUACUGAGAAAACCAAGUAUUGAAUAGAGAGAGUUAAUUAUCUUUUUAAAGUACAUAAAAUGAUGAAAGUAUAUAUAAUAUAUAUAAAGUAUCAUGUUUAAUAAAAUGUUACGCAAUGUUUUCCAAACUGAUAA